GUAGUAUAUAUACACGGGCUCUGUGCAACCACAAACUUGUCUGCGCACACAUUUGCUCAGAUUUGCUGACAGAGCUUCGCUACUCUGCCCCAAGGCACACAUCAUCCUUGCACCGUUAACUCGUUUCAACUAGCAUCAUGGCCAAGAACGUAUUCGGCAUCAUCAUUGACGAUGAGAUCAUGCGCUCGCUUGUCGAGUUCUCGGACGACAACAAGCCAAUCACUCAGGCCGAUCGUGCCAAGGAGGCCCUGCGCUCCAAGAACUCCCAGGAGAAGGACACCGACGUCACGCGCUACGUUGACAAUCUGAAGGCUCAGUAUGACGGCAACCGUUCAACGAGGGUCGUCUUCUAUAACGCGACCGGCGCCACGCUGGAGCUGGUGACCACCAAGGACUGGCACGGCCACAUCGGCGCCGCGCCGGUGCCCCUCACCGUGCACAACGGCCAGUGGGCUGGCUUCCUGCACGUAAAGACCGGCGGUGCCGCCGUCGGCUCCACUGGCGCCGUGGUGUACCGGGCCACGGUCCUGGACGGCACCAAGCACGACUUCAUGCUGGCGUGGAGCAACCCCUUUGCCCGCGGCAGCUGGGACAAUGCGGUGUACGCCGAGGUGCGCGCCGCCGGCCACUUCACUGAGCCCGGCAUCUGGGACGUCAUCUCCGACAUCAUCGACAAGCGCGCCGACCCCGCCUUCGGCCCUGACGGCCAGCGCUGGAUCGAGACGCCCAACGACAAGGGCCGCGGCAAGAUGACCAUCUCCACGGGCUCCGACAACUUGCCCAUCGUUGAGGCCGUGCUCACGCUGCAGGACCUCGAGUAAGCUAGGAGCACCUAGCUAGCUAGUGCCUUGGCAGCGACGCAGCGCGGUUUUGUAGAGGCAUAGCCUGUUCAUGGGCGGAAAGAUGUUGCGGUGUGCGGUAGUGACUCCGAAUUUCUCUGCUCUGCAUCAUUUGCCGCCGCACAUACUGUACAGUAUGGUCACAGCCCACUCCUUAGCGCUGCUCGAUGCGUAGAGCCAUAUGGCAUGCAUGUUUUAUAUCGGCACAUAGGUUGUACAUAGGGACCGCCGCGGCAGCCCCAUGAGUUGUGCGGGGAUUGUGCCCCGGCGGCCCUUGCAUAUGCCCUUCAGAAAGUCAGACAGAAAGUUUGUCGUUGCAUGGACACGAUUUGAAUGUGUGCUGCCAUGCGUGUGGAAACUAAAGGGAAUCUAACAGGCUGCGUGAUGCCUCGGGCGAACGCACGAGCCAAGUUGUAUCCUGCUAUGUCCGCACGUGCGCAUGUAACACAGCAUCCGCGG